UAGAUUGGAGAAACCAAUGGAUGAAGUAAACGAUAAAUUGGAAAAAUCAAUAGAGAAUGGGAAGGAGAAAUUGGAUGAAUCAGCGGAGAAAGCAAAGGAAAAAUUGGAAAAACCAACGGAGAAGGCAAGCGAUAAAUUGCAACGAGCGACAGAAAAAACAGUUAUUAAAUCGCAAUCAGCGACAAAAGCAGCAAAUAGUAAAUUGCAACGAGCGACAGAAAAAGUAAUUAUGAAAGUGCCGCGAUCGACGAGAAAAACUAAUAAUCAACACAAAGAAUCAAGAGAAAAACAUUUUAAAAAUGCAACUUCAAUGGCAAAGCCAAAAGUAGAAUCUAAGGAUAUUAUGGAUUCAGCAAAAAAUAACACAUUCACUGUUCAAUCAGCCAAAACAAAUUCAAGUGACGAAGAGCUCACUUCUCUUUUCUCCCCUUCAACAAAUCCUACUUUCAUCGAGAGAAUACAACGAUUGUGGUAUAAUGUGAGAGGUAUGGUGGCUAUUAUUGAAUUCUGGAAUAAAGUGCGAAAGUUUAUUAAACGAACGAUUGGAUUGGAUUUACCAUAAACGAUUGCGGAUAAGACAGUUAUAAUGGUAUUAUCAUCGACCAAUUAAUAAUUUUGCACACGGAUAGAAUUUUAUACCAUUUAAAAAUAAAUGCUAGCUACGUGAAAUUAUUGUGCCUAUGACAAGUUACUUUCUCCUUU